GGCAAGCAUGCGUCGCUGGCGUCCAGAGCAAAACAUUUGAAACGUCCCGAUUAACAAUUAGACCUAAUUCGCCCAAUUGUUCUCGGCGGCGACACAUCAAGGCACACGGAGAGCUUUGGUUUGGAUCGCUCGCUCGCUAGCUGGCUAACGUUACGUUAGCAGUCGCCAGCCGCCCUGUGGCUGCCAACAAACCUGGACGCGAUGUCGCUGGUGGACCUGGGCAAGCGUCUUCUGGAGGCGGCGCGUAAAGGCCUGGACGACGAGGUGAGGAACCUGAUGGCCAACGGAGCUCCGUUCACUACUGACUGGCUUGGGACGUCCCCACUGCAUCUGGCCGCCCAGCAUGGCCACUACUCCACAGCUGACGUUCUGUUGCGAGCAGGCGUCAGUCGCGACGCUCGCACCAAAGUGGACCGGACGCCUCUGCACAUGGCCGCCGCCGAGGGGCACACUAUCAUCGUGGAGCUGCUGGUCAGGAGCGGCGCCGACAUCAACGCCAAAGACAUGCUGAAAAUGACGGCGCUGCACUGGGCGGCGCAGCACGGCCACCACGGUGUGGUGGAGACGCUAAUCAAGCACGGCGCCGACGUGCACGCCCUCAGCAAGUUCGACAAAACGCCCUUCGAUAUCGCCGUCGACAUCCAGAACACGGAGCUCAUGUUGCUGCUGCAGGAGGGCAUGCAGAACCAAGUGAACAUGAACCAAGUGAGCAUGAACGUGGAGUCCAGCAAUACCGGCAACCAGCAGCAAUUCAUCAUCCAGGGCAUCCCGUCAAUACAGGGAGGUGUGGUCAACCUGGCCGACCUGCUCAACAAGGCUGGCACCGGGGAAUCUGAAGAAGCCAUGGCCGCCAAUGCUCUGGACAGCAACAUCCAACAUGCUGCUGUGGUCAACGAGGGUGGCCAGAGGGUCAUCACCAUUGUAACCGACCAACAUGGCAACCUGCAGACCACCGGGGGCAUGUCGCAGCCCUUCUUCGUCACCAUGCAGCAUGGACAGCAAAUGCUAGCGGUGCCCGCCAACACCGUGACGGAGGAGGUGGUGACGGAGGAGUCGCAGGCGCCGCCCUCCAGGAAGCGGAAGUUGGAGGUGGCCAAUAAUCACAACGACACAGGAGAGACGGAGCUGCUGCAGAGGCAGCUGCAGGAGGCCAACAGGAAGGCGCAGGAAUACCGACAGCAACUGAUGCGGAAGGAGCAAGAGGCCGAGGAGUACCGCAUCAAACUGGAGGCCAUGGCCCAGAGUCAGGCGGGCGUCGCCGCCGCCAACGUCAGCCCCGAGGAGGUGGUGGGCGGCGACGAAGACGAGGAUGCGGCGGGCGUGGGUGUGAUGGAAGAGGAAGGCCAGAUGGUGGUGCUGCAGGAGGGAGGCAUCAUCAUGGAGGGCGAUGGGGGCCGCGUCACGCUGGUGGAGACAGGCGGGGAACCUCCUGGGGGGAGGUCCUAACGUAACCCAAACCCCCGAGAUAGACUGAAUACGGACCGACGUGACACGGCGCCUCGCCGUCUUUCCAGCAGGGGUCAUUCUUCAUCACAUCACAUGGGACUGCUUCCUGUUCUCUCCGCCUUCCCGUUGUUACUGGUCACUUCUGUGUUGGGAAAUGCUUCUGCGCCCCGGCUUCAUUUUCUUUUUGCUAAUUUCCAAUCAGAUAGUGGCUUCUGGGGAAUAUUUUGGAGACGCGUACCAAGUACCACACUGAACUGGUUGUGGAAAACGUUUCCCAUCCGAAAUAGUUGACAUUCUUCGUAGUCUUGAUUAAAAUCUCAGAAUAUCACAUCAUCCAAAUCGGGUAAAUGCAAAACUUGCCCUUGAUUCGGAAAUUUUGAAGCCACAUGAACUUAUAAGAUAUGAGAGCGAUUUCCUUUUAAUCAUUGUUACACACUUAGCAAGCUGUAAACACUCAUGAAGACAUUUGUAAAGUACACCUUUCAACUUUUUAAGGACAACAAAUAUUUUAGGGACAAAAGUGCCACACUCAACUCUCGACAAGAUUUCCCCACACGAAGUAACUCCGUCAAUUGUUAUUCAAACCUUUUUUUAUUUUUCUUGCAUAUUUUUGUGCAAAAUUGGCAACCAGUAAAAACAUUGUUGCAGUUUGAUGGGGUUGCUCUUGAUGAGGGAUGUCAAACUCAUUUUU